CAAAUUCAGCUACUCUCCUCUACAAUUAACAUUGGAAAGUUAUACUACUAUCUAGCACUCUCAACUCGUAUCUCCCUCUAAGCUUUAACACUUGCUUAAAUUGUAACGACACACGCUUCCUUCAACACAAUGAGCAGCGAUAGAACUCCCGACUCCGAAAGUUUUUACUACCCUCCCCCUGACACUGGUCUCCACAAGACGGACGGUAGAAUCGAGUGCCAUGAGUGCCAUGAGACAGACUAUUUUGAGCACGAUGGCGACCCUAAAAAUGCACUAUGCAAGCACUGCGGUCACAAUAAGUGUACAGACUGCGUAGAUCAGUAAACAACAGCACACGUUUUCUAUUAUGACCACUAUAGGAAGAUGGACGAUAAGUAGCCCCUGAAGAGUACGGGGCUAUAUUUGGGAUUGGAAUGGAGGCUGUCACUCGUUUAUGAAACCAUUGGAUCCAUGGGCUUCAUCUGUGUCGCUUUUACCCUGUUACUGUAUUCUGAUUAGAUUCUUGUUGGAAUCGAUAGCCAAAUGUCCUGUUGGACUAUACGAUAG